AUGCGAAAAGGCUACCCCUCCUCCGACUUCGCAAUAGGAAGCAGAGAUACAUCCAAAAUAGGGAACAACGAACGGGAAAAAAAAAGAUUCUCCCGUGAAGCAUACCAAGGCUCCAUCUUCAACUACAACGGGGGGUGCGUCCUCGGAAUGAGCGGCGCACAAUGUGUUGCCAUUGCGUGUGACCUUCGGCUUGGUUCAAACAAUUUCACCACCGUCAGCACAAAUUUCACCAAGGUAUUUAAAAUGAACGACUACGUGUAUGUGGGCCUAAGCGGACUGGCAACAGACAUUCAGACUUUGUAUGAAUUACUAAGGUACCGAGUGAACCUCUACGAAAUUAGACAAGAGACCCCCAUGGACAUAGAUUGCUUCGCAAAUAUGUUGUCGAGCAUUUUGUAUGCCAAUCGAUUCUCUCCCUAUUUUGUGAAUCCCAUUGUGGUUGGUUUUCGAGUUAAACACACCUUCGACGAUGAGGGGAAAAAGAUUUGUACCUUUGAGCCCUACCUCACUGCGUAUGACCUGAUUGGCGCUAAGUGCGAGACGAAAGAUUUUGUCGUGAAUGGGGUUACCAGUGAGCAGCUCUACGGAAUGUGCGAAUCCCUCUACAUAAAGGACCAGGACAAGGAUGGCCUCUUCGAAACCAUCUCCCAGUGCCUGCUCAGCGCCUUGGACAGGGACUGCCUAUCCGGAUGGGGAGCCGAAGUUUACGUUCUGACGCCCGAUACGGUCAUGAAGAAGAAGCUGAAAGCACGAAUGGACUGAAGAGCCACUUUUUUUACGGCCCGCAAAAAGUACGCCUUUUUUUGUAAUUCUCCUGAAAGUGCAUUCAUAGAUGAGAUUAGUGUACGCCACGCGGGGGUGAGAAGGCGUGUGCGCAUGUUUGCGCCUACCCCGCUGCGCGUUGCAGCACAUACAUAUUUAAGCCCCCCUUUAACACCACAAAUGAAACAAAUUAAAUUGUCGCUCCGUCGCGUUG